CUGAGACACCAGCUCCACUGCCUGCCUGUCCACCCAGACAAACUGUCACCUGUCUCCUGUGGGGCGCAGGACCUUUCUCCUACAUGCGCCUGUGAGUUUGGACUUCUCUUCAGUGUUUAGUCUGCUAUCUUUUCUCUGGAGAAGGAUGCUGCAGCUUCCCUCGCCCUACCAACUGUUGCUUUAUUAGUUUGUGAGUGUCUGUGCUCGGGGCUGUGUUGCGCCCUUCAACUGCUUGUUUCAGGAGUGUCUGUUCUUAUGAUGAACGUGAAAGUGAAUGCACCGCGCUUCCACCUGCUGUAGUUAACACGAUCUGCCUGUGCGCUGUGUACAGGAAGCGGGGUUGGUUUCGUGGGCGAUGCGCGACUUGCCAGUGACUCACCGCCUCGGUUGGUACUGAGAGCCUCUGUUCCUUUUUAAAGUUUCGCGAAGCGCUGCUGGGGAUUUCAAGUUGAAGUGGUGCUGCUGUUGAGAGCACACGGCCAGCAACACACCGCGGAAGAAUACACCACCAAGGGUAACCAGGGUCCCCAGAGUGGUUUCAGAUGCGGCUUCGUGUUUACGCGCCCCUCCUAUGAACUUGAGAAAAGAGAGGGGUCUGCGAGGCGAGAACAACAGACAAAGCUGAACUUCGAUGAUAUAUUUUUAAACUGAAGAGUCGCUAGUUGACACUGCCAGUGUCGGGCGCUAUCCUUCCUCUCCAUCAAGCGGAAUAUACUACAGUAAUGGUUUUCCUUUGGGACGCCAAAUACGAUGCUGCCCCUGCGCGCAGGUUCACGCCACCGUCCACCACUCUGAGCCCUGGCAAAAUAAGGGAAGGCUUGUCGCUGGGGGGGCAGGAGAACAGCUCUGCCCUGAUGGGGAAACUGCGCAUUACAGACCGGAGUAUGGUGGAGGUGCUGGCAGACCACCCUGGGGAGCUGGUCCGGACCGACAGCCCAAAUUUUCUCUGCUCUGUCCUGCCGACACACUGGAGGUGCAACAAGACCCUGCCCAUAGCUUUUAAGGUGGUUGGCCUGGGCGACGUUCCCGACGGCACGCUGGUCACGGUGAUGGCAGGAAAUGAUGAGAAUUACUCGGCAGAGCUGCGCAAUGCCACGGCGGCCAUGAAGAACCAGGUGGCCCGGUUUAACGAUCUGAGAUUCGUGGGGCGCAGCGGCAGAGGGAAAAGCUUCACACUGACCAUCACAGUGUUUACCAACCCGCCACAAGUGGCCACGUACCACAGAGCCAUCAAGAUCACUGUGGAUGGACCGCGGGAGCCAAGACAGAGGUUAACGCCGCCCCCCACCCCCCUGUGUUUCCGCACGGCAGGGCACCGUCAGAAGCUGGAGGAGCAGGGGAAGCCCGGCAGCCUGGCGUUCUCAGAGCGGCUGAGCGAGCUGGAACAGCUGAGACGCACCGCCAUGAGGGUCAGUCCACACCACAACCCCCGCCCAGCCCUCAACCACAACGCCCCCUUCACGGGAGAGCCGCACAGCCAGAUACAGGAUUCCAGACAGAUGCAGGCAUCCCCUUCCUGGUCCUAUGAGCAGUCGUACCCGUACCUGGGUCAAAUCUCCACCCCGGCCGUCCACCCUGCCACCCCCAUCUCCCCGGGAAGGGCCAGCGGCAUGGCCUCCCUGACUGAGCUCUCCAGCAGGCUCUCUGCUGCUCCAGACCUGACAGCCUUCAGCGACCCCCGGAUGGGUAUCGAGAGGCAGUUUCCCACCCUGCCGGACAGCCGCUUCUCGGACCCCCGCAUGCACUACCCGGGAGCCUUCACUUACACCCCUACUCCCGUCACCACGGGGAUCGGGAUCGGCAUGUCAGCCAUGAGCAGCGCUGCUCGCUACCACACCUACCUGCCUCCCCCCUACCCCGGAGCAUCCUCGCAGGGGCAGACUGGUGCCUUCCAGACCAGCUCGCCCCCCUACCACCUCUACUACAGCACUUCCGCUGGCUCCUACCAGUUCUCCAUGAUGUCCGGGGGGGAGCGAUCCCCACCACGCAUCCUCCCGCCCUGCACCAAUGCCUCCACCGGCUCGGCGCUGCUCCACCCCAACCUCCCCAACCAGAGCGAAGGGGUGGAGGCCGAGGGGAGCCACAGCAACUCCCCCACCAACGUGGCCGAGGCAGUGUGGCGGCCUUAUUGAAUCUGAGCAACUCCCUCACCAACAUGGCCGAGGCAGUGUGGCGGCCUUAUUGAAUCUGAGCAACUCCCUCACCAACAUGGCUGAGGAAGUGUGGCGGCCUUAUUGAAUCUGAGCAACUCCCCCAUAUAUGGCCGAGGAAGUGUGACAGCCUUAUUGAAUCUGAGCAACUCCCUCACCAAAAUGGCGGUGGCAGUGUGGCAGCCUUAUUGAAUCUGAGCAACUCCCCCACCAACAUGGCAUGGGCAGUAUGGUGGCCUUAUUGAAUCUGAACAACUCCCUCACCAACAUGGCCGAGGCAUUGAGGUUGCCUUAUUGAAUCUGAGCAACUCCCUCACCAACAUGGCCGAGGCAGUGUGUUGGCCUUAUAGAAUCUGAAAUGAAAAAACAACAAAAAAAAAAAAAACAGAGACAAAAUCAAUGUUCGUGGCCACACUGAUUUUCUUUUUUUUAAUCAAAAUAUCUGUUGACUAUGCAAGAUAUUUGAGAAAAGUUGUGUUUUUUAAUUAUUAUUAUUAUUAUUAUUAUUAUUAUUAUUAU